AUGGAAAAUGUGGUUGUAUAUAAUGCUGAAUAUGGUUGCCCAAAAUGUUUUGCAAGUGGUAAAAUACAUGAUGGUGAGCGUGGGUUUGGAAAGAAGAAGAAAACAUUCAACAUUAGAAUAUUCCCAUACGAAGAUUUUGAAGAACGAGUACAAGAAGAAUGUUUAAAAACUGUCAAAGAUAUUGAGUUUAAGAAAAAAACAUCACCUUAUUAUGGACAUUACGGGCGGUGUCCGUUAACGAGACUUCGUUUUUUCAAAUAUGGUUCAUCGUUCUUAACCGAUUCGUUACAUACAAUCUAUGGGGGAGUAUUUAAAAAAAUUUGUUUAUUAUUGUUUGAUAACAAACAUAAAAAAGAUAAAUGCUCUCAGUACAAAAAAGUUAAAGAUAUAGAUGAUUUAUUACACACCGUACGAAUACCAUCAACAACAUCUCGUCGUUAUCGUACACUUGCUAAGAUUAAAAAAUUUAAAGCAAGCGGAUAUCGAUGUCUAUUUCAUUUUGGUAUUAGCACCAUAUUACAAUUUAUUAAAGAUCCAAUGUUAAAACAAUUAUUAUUAACAUUAAUAACAGCUGUCAAUUUAGCUUCUAGCGAUGAAAUAACAACUGAAAAAAUUGACACAAUCGAAUUAUUAUGGAAAUAUUUCGUUCAACAAUUCCAGCACAUAUUUGGUCCAAGAUUUAUGAGUAGCAAUGUGCAUUCAAUUUUACAUCUGCAUAAUACAGUGAAAUUUAUUGGUGUUGACAGAGAUUUAAUUGCAAUGGUCCAUGGAACAACAGAGUAUGCAAAACAAAUAAUUAAAUCAUUAACAUUAUUUCGUGAUGCCAUAAUAACAAUUAGUGAGCCACGUUAUCCAUUACGUUUACGGCUUGGCCAGCUAACGGUACACCAGAGUGCGGAAGUAUGAAGCGUUAUAUGAAGUGGUAAAACUAAUCUUAUGUGAAAGAGCACACUUUAAAGUGUAGGAAAAUAAUUUUCGUUUGCUUUUGUUAGUACCUGAGCACAUGGUAAAUAUUCAAUGAACAUGUAAUCGAAACAAACCAUCCAGCAGUUUAUUUUAUGCACGCAUCUACAGAAAUAUAGAAGAAAAAGCUUCUACAAUAAACAGAACGAAAAAAAGAUGAAAUUCCGUAACGGAAUGAAAUUCCGUAGCGAC